AUGCGUACAUAGAUUGGUUAAUCUCACGCGUGUAGAAGAGAGUAAUGCGAAACGCCUAAUAUGGCUAGCGAUAAAAAAUCAGGAAAAUCUUCCAAAGGUACAAAAUCCACUGCUGAAAUAUUGUCGGAAUUUCAAACGCUACGCAAUGAGCAACGAACAAUGGCUAAUAAAUUAUCGGAAAUGGAGAUGGAAUUAAAUGAACACAAGAUUGUAAUUGACACAUUGAAGCAUGUCGAUCCAAAAAGGAAGUGUUACAGAUUAACGGGAGGUGUACUAUGCGAGCGCACUGUAGAAGAUGUAAUGCCUGCGUUAACAACAAACAAGGAACAGCUUAUAAAGAUCAUAGAUGGAUUCAAUGAUCAAUUAACAAAGAAAGGAAUUGAAAUUAAUGAAUUUAAAGAAAAGCAUAAUAUUAGAAUUAAGGGCCAGCAGGAUGUGCAACCGCAACAGCAAAGUGAAGAACCAAAAGAAGCGAAAAGAAGCACAGUUGUUGUUAAUUCAUUGUUGAGCAACUAUGCUUAAAAUCAAAAAUUUCGCUUCGAAUAUAUGCUACAUUUCGAUUUAAAUACUGUUUCGACAUUUGCUUUCUUACUAUUCUGAGAUAUCGUUCUGUUCAUACACAGUUCUUCAAUAUUUUAACAACAGUGUAUUUUUUAUGAAAUGUAUUUAUUCGUUUUCGUUUCUAAUUAAUAGUAUACAAUUUUAAUAAUUACUUUAUUAUUUUGAACUAUUAUUUUCUUAAAUUAAUUUAUCGUUAAAAGUUGUAAAAUACAAUGUAUUCAAUUCAAAAUUCACAAAUAGACAGCUAAAUUAACAUUACAAAAUUGUAAUGCGUCGUAUUUUUUGUUAUACUAGUGAUGAAACCAGAAGUUUGUCAUAAAAACAUGAAGAUGCAACAAUAUUAUUAGAAACAUUAUACCUUCAUUGAUUAUUAGUAUAAUUAAAUAAAAUGUUGUUUAUCAAAGUGCAUGUACAGUAUAGUUUCAGCACUAUACCAUUUCUAAACUUAUUACAUAUGAAGGGAUAAAAAUAUACGUUUUUCGUGCAAGUA